GCCUCUUCUGCCUCUUCUGCCUCUUCUGCUUCUUUUGCUUCUUCUGUUCUUUCUGCUCCAACAAACCACAAAGCCACUGCUUGUCCCAAGUCUCUCUUUACUACUGCUUCUUUUCUACUUACAAAGAACACUUCGCUCUCUUUCAUUCAGUGCCUAAUCAAUCAUGUCCACCGAAGUUGAUGCUCCUAUCGCUCCAAAGUCCUACGUUGGUUUUGAUACAAUUACCAGUCAAAUUGAACAAAGACUUCUUAAACGUGGCUUCCAAUUCAAUGUGAUGGUUGUCGGCCACUCUGGGUUGGGUAAAACAACUCUCAUCAACACUUUGUUUGCUUCUCAUUUAACUGAAUCAAGUGGCAGAAAAUCCUCCACUGAAUCAAUUGAAAAGACUGCUGAGAUCAAAGUCACCUCUCAUACUCUUUUGGAAGAAAAAGUCAAACUAAAUAUCAAUGUCAUUGAUACUCCAGGUUUCGGUGAUCAGGUUAACAAUGAUAGAUGUUGGGAACCAAUCGUUAAAUAUAUUAAAGAGCAACACUCUCAAUACUUAAGAAAAGAAUUAACUGCUCAAAGAGAAAAACAUAUUAAAGACACUAGAGUUCACUGUGUUCUUUACUUUAUUGCUCCCAAUGGUAUCGGUUUGAAACCUUUAGACAUAGCUGUAUUGAAAAGAUUAACUGAAAUUGCAAAUGUUGUGCCCAUUAUAGCAAAAUCAGACUCUUUGACUUUAGAAGAAAGAGCAAACUUUAAACAUGUUUUACAAGAUGAAUUUAAAUACCAUAAUUUUAAUUUUUAUCCAUACAAUACCGAUGAUCUUUAUGAACAGGAAAAAAACUUAAAUGACAAUAUUAAAUCAAUAAUCCCUUUUGCCAUUGUUGGCUCCGAAGAAGAAAUCUCUAUAGGUGAAAGGGCCUUCAGAGGUAGAAGAACUAGAUGGGGUGUUAUUAACGUUGAAGACAUUCAACAAUGUGAAUUUACCUAUCUUAGGGAUUUCUUAACUCGUACUCAUUUACAAGAUUUAAUUGAAACAACUGCUGUGGUCCAUUAUGAAACAUUUAGAGCUAAACAAUUAAUUGCUCUCAAAGAAGGUUCAAGAAAGAAAGAUGAUGAUAAAAAAUAAUUGAUUAAUCUCAACAAUUGUAAUCAAUAAUAAUCUUAAUAUACUAAUUUAAUUAACUAAAUAACUAAUUAUCCUUUUUUUUUUUGUUUAUCUGUUUUUCAAUUUUACUUUACUUUAC